AUGUUUAAUAUUUUUUCCAGAAAUCUGUUUCCUGAUAAUUUGGUUACUGCUUGUUUCCAGAAGACUCAGACAAAAUACUCCCAAUCUACAAGAGUUUUGAUGAUGAAUGGGACCAAUAGUUCGGUAACAGUUGUUCAUAAAUCUGUUUCCUCUACAGGAGGUCUAAAUAUACUAGGCCUUAUCAUCGCCUGUACUCUUUUUGGCAUCACAGCCAGUAAGCUAGGAAAACGCGCAGACCCAUUCACAGAAUUUUUUGAAACCAUAUCCAUCAUUGUCAUCCAUCUCUUAAAUUGGAUUAUUUGGAUGACCCCCGUUGGAGUUGCAAGCCUUAUUGCUACAGCAAUUCUUAAAGCAUCUGAUAUAGAAAACGUCUUCAGCAGUCUUGGAAUGUUUGUUCUGGCUCAUUCUGUUGGAAUCAUUUUUCAUCAGUUGGUCCUCAUUCCGAUUACUUAUUUCAUAGCUACCAGGAAAAACCCUUUCAUUUUCCUUGGCGCCUGUCUCCGACCCUGGUUAACUGUAUUUGGACCGCCGAGCACUGCAAUAGGUAUACCAGAAAUGCUGAAAACACUUGACGUCAAGUUACAUGUCGACACCAGAAUAUCUAACUUCCUUGUCCCUGUGGGAGCUACUUUAGAAAGACUAGGAAGCUGUAUAUUUAUCUGUUUAUCUGCCUUGUUUUUGGUACAGUUAGAGGGAAUGUCAUUAGCGGCCUCUAAGAUACUCUUAAUCGGACUGUUGUCUUCCGUGGGCUCCCUGGCUGUUCCUUCCGUCCCCAGCGCCAGCAUUGUCUCUGUUCUAGUCGUCCUGUCUUCACUAGAUGUUCAAGUACACAACAUAGGUCUACUGAUGGCACUGGAAUGGUACAAUGACCGUAUCCGGACUACAAGCAACACGAUGACCAUUAUAAUCGGCGCCGUGGUUAUAGACAGACUGUGUAGCUCUAGUCUGAAGUCAGCUGAGGACAACAGUCCAAAGGAAUCUCCAGCAAUGGAAUCAGAGGUCAAAAUAAACACUGAGAACAACACAGCAAGGACGUCAGAGAUCAAUGUCAAACUGGACAACGAAACCGCCUCCACGAGGUUUUAAAGCUUCUUUUAUACGUGAACCGAAUACUAGUAAAAGGAAUGAUAUGAACUUAU